AUGUUCCCCAAAUGUAACUGGCACAUCGACAGGGAGAAGUCUGUAAUCAGGAGCAACAGCAUCUUCUAUUGUGCCAUCUUUGCAGACCAGUAUGAAGACACCGGGUCAGAGGUCAACGUGGGCUGCUCUCUGCUAGUAAAAGGCGAAAGAUUUAUGCGCUCUGAAGAGAACCAGGAGUGUGAGGAGAGAGGAGGCCGGCUGUCCCUCCGCGUCCCCCGCCUCCAUGACCUGGCUCAGGGUUCCAACGUCUCCUCUACUUUUGGUGUGAGUGUAAGCUUAAACUCAGUACAUCACCUCUUAUUCUCUCUCUGCUUGGAGACACGUUGCUGCUGUUGCUGCAAAAUGAGAGCGCUGUGUUUGAACUUUGCCAUCACCUGUCUGUGGCUUCUCCCUUCAGCGGACCAAGAAACAGCCAAGCCCUUGGAGUUUCAGAGCCGACAAUGGAGAGAGGAAGAAGGAGGGGCAGGAGACGCUGUGGGAGCUUCUUUGAAAGUUAAACACGUCUUCAAAGACUUACAGAUCAUCUCCACCAAACAAAAAACACCUGCUUACGGCUCUCUCGGCCCGUACGGAUGGCCACAAAACAUUUCCCAAGCCCUUGAUCAGUAUCUGUACCGCGCCCCUCCUAAAUCCAAACCUCCAGCAAAAACCUCCCCAAAGACCAAGAAGAUCCUAGGCUGGGGCGAUUUUUACUUUAACGUGAAAACGGUGAAGUUCAGCCUCCUGGUGACGGGGAAAAUCGUGGACCACAUCAACGGUACGUUCAGCGUCUACUUCCGCCACAACUCGUCCCGUCUGGGGAACAUAUCCGUCAGCAUCGUCCCACCCUCCAAAGCGGUAGGAUGGGAGGUUUUGGAUCCAACGGCUCAGGGCAUUGACACCAAAAACUCAGUCCUGGUUCCGGAUCUAACAUCCCAGUUCCAGAGUCCACCUCAGUCCACCAGCUCUACUCCUCCAGAACCUCAAAAGCAACAGCAGGACAUGAUGGUGGUGACCGAACUCAACUGCCGGAUCGAAUACCAGAGAACCAACCGGUCCAAGAAGACCAAGCCCUGCAUGUAUGACCCAGGGCAGACCUGCUACUCAGAAAACACCCAGUCCCAGGCAGCCUGGAUCUGCGCCAAACCGUUUAAGGUUAUAUGCAUCUUCAUCGCCUUCACCGGCACCGAUUACAGGCUGGUUCAGAAAGUCUGUCCGGACCACAAUUUUCAGACAGAGCAAAACCAGCAGCACUUCGGAUGAUCAAUUCUGAGAUAUCAAACACUGACUUCUCAUACAUCUUUCAAAAUCAUGUGUUCGAGACUGUUUUUAUACGCUGUUAAAAACUAUUUUCAAGACGUCAGUGUUUGCAGUUUGAGCCUUGUGUUAAUGUGUCAGUGAGAUUAAUGAGAUGUAUAACGUGAGCCUUGUGUUGUCUGAAAGUACAGUCAUCUGCCAAAAGCUUCCAUUAUCUUGAAAAAAGCAGUGACUUAAUCCACCGGAUCAUUUUGUGUGUAGGGUUUUUUGUUUUCUGAAUAUGCAUUGACUGAACUGAAGACUUGAAAUGGAUACAUCUUUAGAGACAAAAUCUUGUAGUUUUUGGAACUACGGACGUCAAAUGCUUUUUUACUUGCCUGUUUAUUGUACAGUGAUUGAUAAGAUAUUUCUUCUUCAAAAAACUGACGCAGAGUGGGAUGAAACGGAUGAUUUACUGUUCCAGUUACUCUUAUCAGCGACACAAAGUACACAUGUCCUUGG